AUGGCUGAUUAUCACCACUAUAUUCAAGAAUUUGAGGAGUUAGCAGAAUGGGAAGAGGUGAUUGAAAGGUGGACACUCAAAUUUGUUGAGAGAGCAGAUCCAUUCGCUGUGUACUCAGACAAAGAUUUCGUGGAGAGGUACAGGCUUUCCAAAGUUUGUGUCCAUCAUCUUUUGGAGAAAAUACAGGAGCAGCUACCAACUUCCAAUAACAGAAGACGUCUUCAAAUUUCACCAGAAUUACUGCUACUAGUUACACUGAAGUAUUUUGCUAUUGGCAAUUACCAGCUGACACAGGGUGACUGCACAGAUAUGUCCCAGCCAAGUGUCUGCACAGCCACUGCAUCACUUGCUCCAGAGUACAUCCAGUUCCCAAGUCCAGCCACUGAGGAAGAAGUUAUGCAACAGUUUUCUAACAUUGCAGGAAUGCCAGGUGUUAUUGGCUGUGUUGAUGAUACUCAUAUCCCCAUAAAAAGUCCUGGUGGGGUAAGUGCUGAAAUAUACCGUUGUAGGAAAGGCUACUUUUCCAUAAAUGUUAUGAGACUUUGUGAUGCCUCCCUUAAGUUCACAAAUAUUGCUGUGAACUGGCCAGGAAGUGCACAUGAUUCCCGUAUAUUUAAUGAAUCUAGACUUUGUGAUGAUCUUGAGGAAGGCAGAUACCGUGGUUUUUUGCUAGGUGAUAGUGAAUAUGCAUGCCAAUCUUACCUGCUAACGCCAUACCUAAUACCCCACACAGAAAAACAAGUUCGUUACAGUGCUGCUCAUGUUAAAACUAGAAACGUAAUUGAAUGA